AUGGCCACUCAGUACGUUGAUAGGAUAGAGUUUUUAUCUCAUCCCAGUGGCAAAGGUCAGGGGAAGCAUCAUAUUGUCAUUGUAGGUGCAGGUAUUAUUGGGGUAUGUACCGCAUACUACUUAACGAGGCAUCCUGAUUUCGACUCAAGCAAGCAUCAUAUUACUGUAAUUGAGUCGAAACGAGUUGCAGGGGGUGCAUCGGGCAAAGCUGGUGGGCUUUUAGCUAUGUGGGCGUUUCCGCAGCAGAUUGUGCCACUUUCGUUCCAGUUGCAUCAAGAAUUAUCUGAUAAAUAUGACGGGGAGACAAAGUGGGACUACCGUCGACUCACCACUGUAACUUUAGAGGCUGAUGUACAGGAUGUAGAUGGUGGGACAUCACAGACUGUCUUCGACGGUGGCGAGAGCUAUGCUUGUAAACCGCCAUCUGCAAACAAGAAAAUGAGAAAUCCGUCGAGGCGGUCUAGUGCAGCCUCCGGCCCUGCUGGAUCUUCCGGGCAAGCUGAACAGGAACGAGACAAGAGUGCUACAAGUGGUACCUAUCAUAAUUGUAAUAGAAGUAACGUUACUGAAAGCAUAGGUACGAACAUAGGCGCUGUUGAGAAAGAAACCCCUGUGGAUCAGAAUCCAACUAAUUUGCCUGCAGAUUUGAAUUGGAUCAAGACAAAUCUAGUAUGCGAUUGGUCAUCUCUUGGAGGGACUGGUUCCACUGCCCAAGUUCAUCCAUUUAAGUUUUGUCACUAUCUUUUGAACAAAGCCAUGGAAACAGGUGCAGUAGAUCUUAUUUUAGGUCAGGUCACAGAAAUCUUGUUUGAUGAUGAUUGUACAGCCUGUGGUGUGAGUUACAUACCGACUAUGGAUAACCCUGAAAAGCAGGCUAAAGCCAAGGAAGUAAACAUAUUGGACACGAGGCAAAUUGUCUUGUGUAUGGGUCCAUGGACCUCAAAAAUAUUACCAGAUUGUCCUAUAUCGGGACUAAGGGCGCAUUCUAUUACAAUUAAACCUUCUACAGGUACGGUUUCCCCCUACGCAAUAUUCACAGAGUUGAAAGUAGCACCGAAUAAAUAUUCCUCUCCAGAGAUGUAUGCUCGUAAAGACGAGGUUUAUGUUUGUGGUGAGGGGGAUACACUGGUAGAACUUCCAGAAACAACGGACGCUGUUGAGGUGGUACGUGAAAAGUGCGAUGAACUAUAUCAUUAUGUUUCAAAACUAUCGCCAAAUCUUUCUGAAGGGCAUGUACUAAAGAGACAGGCUUGUUAUUUACCAGUUUUGAAUGUUCCUACGAGCUCAGGACCUUUAAUUGGGGAGACAAAUGUUGAAGGUUUGUAUGUUGCUUCCGGUCAUUCAUGCUGGGGGAUUAAUAAUGCUCCUGCCACCGGUAAGAUAAUGAGUGAGCUACUUUUGGAAGGGGAGGUGAAGAGCGCAGAUAUCUCUUCAUUGGACCCAGUGUUGUAUUUUGAUGCUUCAAUACUGGACUGA